UGUGGUGGCGUUCCGCCUCGUGAUGGGAGUGCUGUGCUGUUUGUCCGCCACUCUGCUGAACUGCACUUUCCAGAUUGGAAUGUGUUCUCUAUGCGAAAACUUAAACAUCUCUCUCACUUGUUAGCCUGCCAGCAAGCGUGAACGUCUGCUCUCACACAACUUCUGGGGGAGGUAUUGUAUUAGUUUUUUAUUUGCCUCGACAUUACACUUCAAUGUCUUCCUCUCGUGUGUUUUUGUAACAAAAAUAAGAAUAUAUUUCUACAUUGGUGUCACAUACGAAUACUGUAUACACCUGGCAAGGUGACUCGCACGUAGAGCAAGUGGCUCGCAAUUGGACAGAUGUGAGUUCAAAUCCUCAGGGAGUUGACUCAGCCAAUCAGUCCUCAUUGGCCGAUAAAAUGCUACCACUUUGGGUGUUCGGACAUUAAGAGUGGUUUGUCCUCUGGAGAAACUCACCCGCAUCAUCGGAAUGUGGAAUUUCUGCCACUGACUUGGGUCAGUGAAGAAAAGACGAGGACUGGCUACGAUUUUCACUUGAAAAAAUCAAUGACUUUGACCUGUUUUGGUAUGAGUAUUUAAUGUUCCAUUGACUGUUGUUAAACUUUACAGUUUAAAUGGUGCGGUACAAUCUGGGAAUUACGAUUUAACGAGAAAAGAUGCGCACGGACGAUGUCAAGCCCAAACGAAAAUGAGAUUUUUUACAUUAAAAUUUAUGAUCAAAAAUGUAAUGUAAGGUGCACCAUGAAACAUACAAGAGCACUUGAAUCGCUUGAUCUCGUGCAUUAUCUAUCGCCUGGUGGUCACCUGCGGCAGGUGAAAGUGCAAUUUGAUUUCUUCAUCGAGGGCUAAUAAAUGUAUAUUUUCUUUGAACGGCAGGGCAAGAGGGAGGGGUGGAGGUGACUUUCACUUCCCCGACAUAAGAGUGGACACAUUCUUUGAUGAGCUCCGCGGUGAUCCAGAGAUAUCUGGCGAUGCUGUGCCAGCCGCCUGGAGGAGACAGCACAGAGGGUUUCUCCACGGAUGAAGAGCCCCUGAUUCAGCCGGAACAACGUGACGACUUGCGACCUCAACAUGUCAUACGGAACAUCAACCAGUACGCUCGGACCAAGACGCUGGCGCAGGGCUUUCUGGACAUGGCUCUCUUCACGGCCAACGUCUCGCAACUCAAGCACUUGCUGCAGCAAGGAGCAGCGACAGACUUCUACUACUUCCUUUUCGUCCUGCUCUGCAUUUCAGUUUUAUUGCAGCUUAUCGUGGCCGGCCUGCUGAUCUACAAAGGCUCCAUGAAUGUUGAGAACGACGACCCUGAGCGAAAGCUGGGCGACAGGAUGCAUCUGGUGAACAACUUGGCAACGGGUCUCAUCCUGGUGAUCACCGCUGUCAACGUCUUCAUCACUGCCUUCUGGUUCACGCCGCAGCCCCAAGGCAAUCCCCACUAAAUCCGCUCCGACGAGAGUCUCCGGGAGAAUCCAUAUUGCGUGUCAAAUUUAGGCCAAACAAAUUGCGCUUCGUUUGAAGUGGUCAAAGCUCGCGAAUUCAUAAGGAUUUCCACGGGUGAAGGAUCGCGACUUGCGAUAAGCUUGCCGGAGAGAAAUAAACGAUUGUGUUCGAGAUCCAAAUGCAGCGCGCGGAGUUCGCCGCGUGUGCCAAAGUGGAAACGUCGCUGUCAGAUGGAACGGGAAGCAGAAAGGAAUUCGAUUUGAGUGAUAUUGGGAAAGAUACUCGAGGAGUAGAGCGACGAAAACGCUGCAUCCGGUUCAAAUCUGCUGCGGUGUUUCUCGGGGUGUGGGUGAAGUUCUCAUCUUCGCUGAACGUGUGCUGCAUUUAACAAGGGUGGCAUGAAAAUAAAUAACCGUCUUGUCUCAUGGACAAAGGCCAUGUCAUUCAGAUUGACCCGGCGCACUUAAAAGGAAUGCAUUAACGUGCGUGUCAAAUUCUGGUCAGCUCUGCUCGAUGCACCGAGACGAACAAAAAUCACUGAAAUAGCAAUGCUGCUCACAGCUGUUUCACCAUUUACAAUUUAGAGGCACGCAUUGUACACUGCGUCUUAAUGGCAUCAAUAUAUUUAAUAUAGAAAUUAUAACAGUUUGGCAAAAUUUACUUGCGUGAAUCGUUCCAAUGUCUGUUCUUUUGAAUCCGUCAUUUGUGCCGAGUAAAAUAUAGAGUUGGGACAUCAUUGAGCAAUAAAAAGGUUUAAUUGGCUUAAAUAGGUUAGUAUGGUGACAUUUUAUUGCCUGCAAAAAUAAAGUUUCCUAAACAAUUUAUUUCGUUACAGUCACGCUGCUGUUUAGCACUGCAACCGCCAUCUCGAUAAUUGCGUAAUGUCAUUCUAAUCGCUUGUAAAUGUAUCUAUCGGGUCAUGAGAGCCACUUCUGGAUGUGGCGUCAAUUGGCGGCUGCUUUUUGGUAGGCACACUUAGAAGAGAGCAUGCCUGAUCUCUGCAGGUCUUGGAAGCUAAGCAGGUUUGAGCCUGUUUGGUAAGCCUGCUUGUGUGGGGGACCACCAGUGCUUGCCAGGGGUUGUCGGAACUUGGAAGCAGAGGGUAGUGGACAGCGGUGGAUGCGUUUGGCACGUCAUUAAUAGUCAAUGUGCUGGAGGUCGAUCUGCAGAAUGAGCCUAUCUGUGCAAAGCUUGGAGUAUUAUCUCCUCGUAUAUGUGAGUUGGAUUUCUCCAGAUCGCAUGCACGUUGAACUUCUAUCGCACCGUUCGUAGCCAACCGUGCUAAUCGGAGGUGUAGGGGAAGGACAACAAACUAAACACUGAUAAGGCGAAUUGGCCAAACAUCUCAGCUGCAGCAGGCGCCUCUGCAGAGGAGUCUUGAGGCCCGGCGAGGCUGUCCCAAGCAAUGAUUGAGCGUUCCACAUGGCAAGGGUGCAGCGAUGGCGCUUUGAUCGUGGCUACCCGAGUGAAACUCCCAGCCACAGAUGCGUGCAGUGUAAGUGGCAUAUGAACCGGUUCACCAACAACCAGCGCUCACCAGCGUGGUGCGGUAUGGUCAAACAACCCACAUGAACGAGACUGCACAGGGAAGGCGUUCAUCCCGCAGCGAAUUAACAAAGGGCUAUACAUUGUUAUCAUUUAUAUACGUGUGUGUGUGGGCAUUGAGUCGGCUUCAGUGUGCUGUGUAUCUUUUUAGUACAGUAUAUACCAUUAUCGCAUGGCUGACAAGGCAGGAACGCCGCUGAAAAGGAGUCUUGAGACUCAGCGGUUCUUUCCUGGACGCUUAGUAUAGGGAGAUGUGUAUAUAUAUACGUGUGUGUGUAUGUGUGUGCUCGUUGGAAAUUCCUUCUGCGCGUGGCGCAACUUUUGUACGCUGUGGGCCUUGGAGCAGCAUGUGCUGUUACCCUGUGGCUGCCAAGUUGCGCACGUUUAAUCAUUGAAAGUCCAUGCGACGUUAAUUGAAUUUUAAUCAAAACGCCGCUGCGCCGCUAACGUCGCCCUGAUUUGGCUUGAUGGGUGCGCGAGGGAGAAGACUGAUCUGACACAAGCAGCCAUGGUUGCCUCUAACGAAGGUUCUGCAACUGUUUUGCCAUCAUUAAGGAUGUGUUGCUAUCCAUUCACCGGUUCUGUUGUCAUGCUCACAAA